AUGAAAAUAAUAAUUUACCUAAAUGAUUUGGCAAUUUUUGAUUUUAACUCAAAUCGCAGAGAAGAUGAGACUUUAUAAUCUAGAGAGAAUGAUUUACUAUGCUUCAAAUAACAGAACUUAGAGGAGGUAUUAAUGUCAAUAUCAAAUUAUAAAAUAGGAAAAUAUGGGAGUUCUAUUAAUUCUUAGACUUCAUUAAUGGCUUGGAACUUUGACUGGAAAGGUUAUUAAAACUAUAAAAAUUGGUUUAAAUCAAUAGUAAUUAAACUGUUAGAUGUGCAUCCAAUAGGAAAACUAAAAUUAAAGAAGUACUGAUGUUUUUAAGGGAGUUAUAAAAACUAGAGAAUUGUCAUUUAUUACGUAGAAAACUUGA